AUGCACCUCUCCUCAGGCAAUAUGAAGCAGCACCCACAACAAUUCGCUGCAAUGUACAACAUGCAACUCCAGCAACAACAACAACUACAACAACAACGCUUCUCCCAACCCACCAUGUACCCAGGCGCAUUGCCACCCAAUCAAGCGCCAUGGCCUAUACCAGAACAGCAACACCAGCUAAUGAAUGUUAUGGGACGAUCCCCCAUGAGCAAGAUGACCCAGUUAGGAGGAGGUAGUGGAGGUAGUACGCCUACGGUCCCAGCAGCAGCAACUACCACUACAGCUCAGUUGGCAACACGAGCGCCUGUUGUGCCUGCCGUGAACAAUUCAAUGGUACCUCAAAUUGAACCGAUAGCUGCUGACACCGAGACACGCAAAAAGAACCUAUUCAUCUUCCAACAUCGUGAUCAACUCUAUCAAGAAGCACUCAACAUUCAACAUAAGCGUCAUAUUGCAUUGGCCCAGGAAAAGAAGCGUGAGAUUGAUUGGAUCCAACGUCAAAGACAAACAAGAAUGCGUGCUGGUCCCAUUCCUGUAUUCGGUCCUGGAUAUACCGGUGGUGGCAAUCAACCCUCAGGAUUGGAAACACGCGUGGUUUAUCCAAAUCAACGUAAACGAUUGAGGAGAUCACGUGAACUUCGAUUUCGGCAUGAUCAACUCGUCGAACAAGGUGAAAAAGAUGAUACUUUGGUGCCCAUUCGUCUUGAGCUCGAAGUGGAUGGAUACAAGCUACGUGACACUUUCACUUGGAAUAUGCAUGAGACCCUUAUUACACCUGAACAAUUUGCCGAGAUCAUGUGUGAGGAUUUGCAGCUACCUCCAUCGACAUUUGUACCUCUUAUUUCACGUGGCAUCCAUGAUCAAUUGGAAGACUAUUAUCUCAAUGCUGGCAGUGCAGUAAUGGAUGGAGAUGGUUCCGAUGCUGAAAAGGAGACUGCGGAGUUUAUGGCACAAUGCAGUGAUGAGCCAUCCAAUAUUGUUGUCAAGGUCGAUGAGAACGAAAAGGAUUUGGAGUGCAAAAAGAGGAAGCAUACAGAAUUACGAAUGCUGAUAAAGCUUGAUAUCACUGUUGGGAAACGUGCGCUGCUGGAUCAAUUUGAAUGGGAUAUUGCAUGUCAACGAAAUGAUGCUGAGGAGUUUGCCGAUAAACUUACCAAAGAGCUUGGACUUGGAGGUGAAUUCAGAACGGCUAUUGCACAUUCGAUUCGUGAGCAAGCACACAGCUACAUCAAAUCAUUACUCCUUGUUGGUUAUGAAUUCGAUGGGACACCUAUAUCGGAUGAUGAAUUACGACAAAGUUUUCUACCAUCGCUUAAAUCCAUUAUUCGUGAUCUUGACUCAGUGGAACGAUUUACACCUGCUAUCUUGGAAUUGACCGAUGCUGAGCUUGAUAAAAUCGAAAAGGAUCGUAUGCGAGAUGCUCGAAGGAAGCGACGCCAAGCACGUGGACGACGUGGUGUUGUGUUACCAGAUCGUGAACCACAAAAGACAUUCCGCACAGGGAUUGCUGUUGCUCCUGAACAAGAUGUAUCGGAUGAACAAUUCUUGAUAAAUGCUGGCAUGGUGAAUGGUGUUCAUACGCGUGGCAGCACACCCACAAGCAACUUGGAACCCAUGCACUCACAACGCAAGAGUGCUCUCAGGGCACGAAUGAAUAUUGCAGCCGAUGCAGCAAGUAGUCAUCAUACAAGUGCUAGUCCACCUCCAUUCCGAGGACAACAAGGUGGUGGUGGUGGUGGUGUGCAAGGUGUUAUUCCUUUGAAUACAGGAAGUCGAUUCUCAAUGAUGGAUCAGCGAUCUAUGUCUGGUCAACGGAUAUGA